AUGCUCUGGCCCAGUGCUGCUGAGGACCAGGAGUGGCGGACGGUCGCCAGCAGCACGACCAUGAGAAGCGGAGUUCAACGCAUGACCCCGCUCAGGUUGCUGGCGUACGACCCAGCCGCGCGCCUGGCCCCCGCGGAGGCUCUGCUGAGUCCCUUCCUCUCGCGCGCGGAGGCGGCCCAGGCGCCUUUGCAGUUCACGGACGAGGAGCUCGCGCCCGCCGCGGCGGACAUCCGCCGCAGGCUGCUGCAGCUGGCCUCCGGCGGGCCGCGGCGCGCCUCGCCGGGGCGCGCCGCGGCGGGCCCCGCGCCCCGGCGGAGGCGGCUGCCUUGCCGAGCUGCUUCCACGGCCAGAAGAGAAGACGCAGGAGCGGCAGCGGCGCCGCCGCCCGCCGUGAAGCGGCGCGCGUCAGCCGGCGCCGACUGCGAGGCCGCGCUCGCGGAGCCGCCCGCGAAGUGCCGGCGGCUGUCCGACGUGAUCCACGAGCUGCUGGCGCCGGCGCAGAUCUACGCUAGCAUGUUCUGCUGCGUGUCGAGGCCCAGCAAGGAGGAGCCAGUGCAGGUCACCCUCCAGACCAACUUCGAUGAUCUCGACCUCAUGACGAUUCUCUCAGAGAAGAGGACCUCGUCCGGGAUCGCCUUCGAGGUCACCGACCAGUUCAAGACAUCGCCUUCCAACGUGAAGUCCAAGGUUCGCGAGCGCCUCGAGGGAUACGCCUCCGGAAACACGCCUCCGACCACUCCCAACAGGGACAACCGCCCGAAGAGCACCAUGGAGGAUUCGCUGCUGCCCUGCCUCCUCGGCAAGGGCCGCGUGGAGAAGCUGCACAGUGAGAACGAGGCGAAGAAGCAGGCGGCAGAGCGCGUCGGGACGGAGCAGGCGGAACGCCGCCGCCGCCUGAGCGACGGGCUCAACGAGAAGGCCAGCAGCGCCCUCGAGAAGCGCAGGGAGGUGCUGGCCGAGAUCAGCGGGAAGGCGAAGAAGCACACCGAUGCCGUCGAGGACAAGCUGAAGAGGUGGCAGAAGGCCGAGGAGCAUCGCUGCGAGGAUCUCAGGGCCAAGCUCGAGCGCAAGAGGGGCUCCAGGGUCAGCGGCAAGGUCAAGUCCGACGGCCUGGGAUCGCCCACGGGGGCGGCCAUAAAGAUGUUCGAGCAGCCGACCCCGUCGAAGUCUGGGCACCGCCGCCGCUCCGUGCCGGAGCGCCAGCCCGGCUCUUGGAUCACGGGGGCGGCGGAGGAUGGUUUCGACCCGUGCGAGGAGAUCAGCGACGCGCCCCAGGUGGCGUGA